AUGGGUGAAAAGAUCACCGAAGAUCAAGUAGCAAACUUGCUGGCCAUACUUCGAACAGAUGCUUUGAUAGAUUCGAAGGUCAAUCAGAUCAACAACAUCAAAUCCAGUAUCAAGCAACAUAACGUUCCAGAACCAUGCAUACUUUCACUAUUCGAAGCCUUGCGCAUAGCAAUGUCGUCGCAGCACGCCGCGCUAGUCAACGCUGGGUUCUCUACCCUCAAUCAUCUCCUCACCAGAUUGUCACGCCAGGAGCCGAAAUAUAUUGUCAAGGAAGCUGCCCGAACUCUGCCAAUGAUAAAUGAUAAGAUGGGCGACCAGAGGGAGAAAUAUCGACAGCUUGCUGCGCAAUGUCUUACAACGUUCUGGAAAAAUGCGCCGAUGGAUGUGGAAAGGAUUGUGAAAAACGCAGGACUGAUAGGAAAGAACUCGAGGAUGAAAGAAAAUUCAAUGAAUUGGAUUGUACAGAUGCACCAAGAGCACGGAAUGGCAUUCAAAAGUUUUGUGACUACACUAAUGGAGCUACUCGAAGAUGCCGAUGGCAUGGUAAGAGAUACUGCGAGAAACACUGUCAUCACCUUAUUCCAAAACGCCCCUAAUGGAGCCAAAUCCGAUCUCAAGAAGCAGUUGAAGAACUUCAAUGUUCGACCAGCGAUCGUAUCAGCUAUCACGAGUCAACUUAUACAAGGAGGAGCCCCAGUAGUUGUGGAACCGGAAAGAACUGAAGUCCCUAUGCGAAAUCCUUUAGCUAGCAGUGCAUCUGCGAUGAAUGUCUCAAGACCAGCAACACCAGAAGUCAGAAUUGAGCAAGUAGACCCUGCAUAUGUGAAUACACAAAGGGAAUUGGAGGAAACUUUUCAAGAAAUGCAUCAAUGGUUUCAAGACAAGGAGUCUGAAGCAAAUUGGUUCAAGAGAGAACAAAGUUGUACAAAGUUACGAAGAUUGAACGCUGGAAACGCCCCAAGCGACUAUCAUGAUGCUUUCCUUGCUGGUAUCAAAAGCCUUCUGGAUGGUAUCUUGAAAGCUGUUAAUUCAUUGAGAACUAGUCUUUCAAAAGAAGGGUGUAGUGCCGUUCAAGAAAUUGCUCGAACUGCUGGGCCUGGACUGGAUCCUAUGGUCGAAAUUCUUCUACAAAACCUUAUCAAACUCUGUGGUGGCACUAAAAAAAUUAGUUCGCAGAACGGAAAUUUGACAGUUGAUAUUAUUAUCAGCGGCGUUACCUAUAAUCAUCGGAUCAUGCAGCAUAUCUGGCUCGCAUGCCAAGACAAGAAUGUUCAGCCUAGAACAUAUGCCACAGGCUGGCUCAAAACAUUGCUCAAGAAGGAGGCGCAGCACAAGAGUCACGUUGAACAUAGCGGAGGCUUGGAACUGAUUGAAAAGUGUAUUAAAAAAGGUCUAGCCGAUGCCAAUCCUGGUGUUCGCGAGAAUAUGAGAUCGACCUAUUGGACUUUUGCUCAGAUAUGGCCAGCAAGGGCUGAGUUAAUAAUCGAAGAUCUAGAACCAACUCAGAGGAGACUACUAGAGAAUUCUCCAGACAAUCCCAAUGCACCGAAGAAGGCGGCGGCAGUCAGCUCCGCAAGACCCGGCCUUGGAUUCUCCAAGAGCACUACUGGACCUCCUAGACCCUCUUUGAGGGAGACUAUGUUAGCGCAGAAAAAGGCACAAAUGGCCACCAAGAAUAUUCCUACUCGUCCUGGUUCUGCGAUGUCAACAUUUUCUCCAACAAGGACCGUGCCAACCGCAUCAGGUAAACAAUCGUCUUCAGAAGUAGCUCCCACAAGACCUCAUUUAGAGGCCACUGGAUCUCGUGGCGGUCUUUCUGUUGCACCCAUGCGACCAAGUAAAUCUAAGAGACCAGAACUUGCUGCUAGACCUGCAACUGCUGGGCCAUAUUCUGUAAGAAGAACUAAUCAAGCCUCCAGCGAAGCAAAUGCCAGCCCUUCAUCCUCCACAUCCGCAAGACCACCAAGAUCUAAAACUCCCGUUGCUACCAGCUCUCCCCAGGCUAGAAGAGCUCCAAUUCCGAGACCCAAUACAAGCCAUUCUAGUCAUCCCACGCAAUCUCAUCAUCCAACCCAUUCUACUUACACAAGUCCUGCAGCAAAAAGUACAUCUGGGCGAGUCGUAACUGCUUCUCCUAGACUUGCUGCUUCCCCUCACAUUAGUAGUCCUGUUAGGACAAGAACUAAAUCGGUACCUGGAUUACCUGGACCUGGAUCUAGUCCAUCAAGAGCAGAUGAAGAUUUUACAAUGGUUGUUCCCACCAUCACAGGGUUAGAACGGAUCAAAUCUGAGAAACUCCCCCAGGUCUUUGACCCUUCUGAGGUGGAAGAUAUCAAAGCUCCUGUCAAUCAGCCAAUGAAGGUUUAUGAAGACCCAUUCUCAAGCACAGAUGACACCACUACCCCAGGACCUACAGUUCCUCAAUCCGUUUUAGAAGAAGUGCCUGUCAACGAAGAUGCUAUGAAUCUGUCAAGAAAUGGCAUUAGCGAAUUUGAUGGCGAAGGAGCUAAGAACCCGCCAAUGUCCCCGGAUAAACUCAAACAAAGCACAAAAUUACUCGAUAGCGGUAUCUCCAAGAUCAGAGCCAAAUCUCUAGACGUGCAUGGUUUCCGAAAACUUCAAGCCAUGAUCAGAGAUAACAAAGCCGAUGUCAAGGCACAAAUACUAGCUACAGUUAAACUCAUGUACAAGAAUUACCGAGAGCAUUUCAGACCACAUAUCGCGAAAGGCUUCCAUUCUAUUCUUGUAACUAGAUCCUGCUACGAUGCACGCGCCCACAUUGUCAGUGGCCUCGAACUUCUCGCCGACGAGCUUGUUACACUUGCCAAUCCCAAAGAGACCAUCACGACCAUUCUCAACUCCCUCGCCAACGAAGAAAUGACAUUGGAAGGAUGCCGAAAAUUUAGUAUGGGAUUACAUAUACUCAAGCAGACUUUGGAUAUCAAAUCAGAUGUUGAGUUGGAAGAUGCGGAAAUUGAUAGCAUCUUGGAAUUGGCGGCAAAGUGUCUUGAGAGCAAAGAGAGCGGAGUAAGACUGGAUGCUGUGGUACUCUGUGUGAGUACGCAUGCAAGAAUUGGAGAGGCAAGAUUCUGGAGUGGAAUUGGUGGAAGAGUGAGUGGCGAUCCAAAGAGCUUGAUUACGUACUAUAUUGUCAAGAGGCAGAGGGAGUUGGAGGUAGGAAACUGA